AUAGGCUCAACUAAUGGAUGUGAGAGAACUUCUUUUGCAUUUUUGCGACAAGAACUUCCGGUGAGGUUUGCAAACAUACUGAGAGAAAUUGAUCUUCUUCCUGAUAAAUUACUAGGCACUCCAUCAGUACAAUUAGUAAAAAGCUGGUACAUCCAAAGCCUAAUGGAGCUGGUGGAGUUCCAUCAGAAAAGCCCAGAUGACCAAAAAGUCUUAUCUGACUUUAUAGAUACAUUAAUUAGAGUCCGAAACAGACACCAUGAUGUGGUUCCUACAAUGGCACAAGGAGUAAUAGAAUACAAAGAUACUUUUAAAGUAGAUCCUGUCACCAAUCAAAACAUUCAGUACUUUUUGGAUCGCUUUUACAUGAGCCGUAUUUCCACCCGGAUGCUAAUGAACCAACACACCCUUCUUUUUGAUGAUAAAUCCGGCUCAGGGCACCCAAGGCACAUUGGAAGUAUUGAUCCUUGCUGUGAUGUUGUUGAAGUAGUGAAUGAUGCUUUUGAAAGUUCCAAGAUGUUGUGUGACCAGUAUUAUUUGACAUCUCCAGAACUGAAACUUACUCAAGUAAAUGGAAAACUUCCAGGAGAGCCAAUUAACAUCGUAUAUGUUCCAUCUCAUCUUUUUCACAUGCUUUUUGAGCUCUUUAAGAAUUCAAUGAGGGCAACCGUUGAAUUCCAAGAAAACAGUCCUUCCCUUUCUCCGGUUGAAGUGACAGUUGUUCUAGGGCAAGAAGACCUGGCAAUCAAGAUUUCAGACAGAGGUGGUGGUGUUCCAGUAAGGAAAAUUGAGCAGCUCUUCAGCUACAUGUAUUCCACAGCACCAAGGCCGAGGAUGGAUGAUGGUCGAAAUACCCCUCUUGCUGGCUUUGGGUACGGCUUGCCAAUUUCUCGUCUAUAUGCUAAAUACUUCCAAGGAGACCUAAAUCUCUACUCCAUAUGUGGUUAUGGAACAGAUGCUAUUAUCUACUUGAAGGCCCUAUCAACAGAAUCAGUAGAAAAACUCCCAGUUUUUAACAAAUCAGUUUCCAAGCAUUACCAGGCUACCUCAGAGGCAGAUGACUGGUGUGUCCCAAGUAAAGACCCAAAGAACAUGUCAAAGCAAAGUGCAGCGCUCUGA